UGUCAAUAUGCUACUAAGCUCUUCUGUGAAACAUCAAAACAAAAUUUUGUUUCGAGAUGUUGCUGUAGGACUGUAUAACAUUCUGUUAGUUUACGUUACAGUUAACCCUAGGGUUAAUUGAAGGUUGUUUCAGAGUUCCACGAAAGAGUUUAUCACUACUUUGGCGUCUUUGUAACAAUGAAUAUUUUGCCAAAGAAAAGCUGGCAUGUUCGUAACAAGGAUAACAUUGCCCGUGUGCGUCGGGAUGAAGCUCAAGCAGCAGAGGAAGAACGUGAGGUUCAGCGCCGGGUGGAGCGUGCGGAGCAAGAGGCACGGACAGCGUAUUUGAGACGGAAGUCACAAGCUGCCCAUUGUGGACAAGAGUUGGAGGCAGAGGAGGAAGAACCGCCAGCGAUAGGAGAGAAGCACCUGAAUCUGUUUCCUGUGGAGGAGGCUGGGGAGAAGAGAGGGAACGAGGAGUAUCUGAAAGAGAAAAAAGAUGAGAAGGAGCGUCAGGAGCGUGCCAUAGGCCUGCUGGUGUCCCUAGGCCCUGCUCCUGGAACCGAAGUUACUCCCUGGUAUCUUAAAGACAGGGCAAAGAAAGAAGAAAAAGAAGAUGAACGGGACAAAGCGAAAAAAGACAAAGACAAGGGGAGGACCGAAGAAGAGAAGGAGAAGAAGGACAGGAGACUCAAGGACAGUCUGGACCCAAUGAGAGAGAUGAAGAAAGCAUUAGCGAUCAAGGACAAACACAAGAGUAAGAAGAAGGAAAGGAGGGAGCAAGGGCAGAAGAGGAGCGGGGAAAGCUCAAUGGAAAGGUUGCGUGCUGAACGACUGGAAAGAGAAGCAGCUGAGAGGAGGAGAGCCCAGGCCCUGUUGGACCAAAAGAGCGGGAAAGGGAAGGAUCAGCAGAGGGAAGUGGAGGAGAGAGACAGACCUUACAACAGCGCCUAUUUUCCGGAACUGGCUCGUAAAAGACAGCGAAGAGAGCGGGAUCAAUAUGGCUUGUGAAAUGGGAGACACCUGCUGCUUUUGGACAGUUAAUAUGACUCCUGUUUUGAAACGUGGGUGAAUUUUGGAGGUUUUACAUUUUAAUUUAGCGUUGAUAUGGACUCAUGAUCUGCUCAUUUUGUGUGUGUUUUCCUGUGCAUCUGUAUUCAUAGCAUGUUGCAAGGUCAGAGGGUGAACCAUGUUUGUUUUUGGACAGUGAGAGUGUAUUAAGCAGUCCACGGAACUUCACCACAUGGUACAUGUGGCCAUGUGCCCAUCGAUUGACCAAUUGUAGCAUUGUAAGGAUGAUUAGAUCACCAAUUUACCUUGUAUUUAUGUUCCUUAUAUUCUGGUGAAAAUGUGAAUAUUUCGGAUGCAGUUAGCAGUGUGCAAGUCUACUUUGUACGAUGCAAUAGUAUACAGUAAACAAAAGAUGACCCAGAAUAGAUGGCGACAGCAUGUGUCAACACAAGACUUUCCUUGUAAUGUCAUUCACUGAGUAAAAUGCUUUAAAAUGUA